CUCGAGCUCCGCAACCUCAACCUCCAGCGCAACUUCUUCUCCGGCGAGAUCCCCGUGGGGCUCCUCUCCCUCCCCAAUCUCGUCCGCCUCAACCUCGCCGACAACGGCCUCUCCGGCGGGAUCUCGCCGGAGUUCGGGAAGAUGACGCAUUUGAAGACGCUCUACCUCGAGAGGAACCGGCUCACGGGGCAGAUCCCUGACCUCAACCUCGCCUCGCUGGGCGCGUUCAACGUCUCCUACAACCUGCUCAACGGAUCGGUGCCCGAGGGGCUGCGGCGGAUGCCCGCGAGCUCGUUCCUGGGCAUGCCGCUCUGCGGCGGGCCCCUCGGCCCCUGCCCCGGCGAGAUCUCUCCCGCGCCCGCGCCCGGCCAGGCCCUCGCCCCGGGGGCGCACUCCUCCUCCUCCGGCGGCGGCGGCGGCGGAGGCGGCGGCAAGAAGCUUUCCGGGGGCGCCAUCGCCGGCAUUGCGAUCGGAUCCGUCGCAGCGACUCUGCUCGUCCUCGGCCUCCUCUUGCUCCUGUGUCGGCGCUGCGGCGGCAAGGGUUACAACGCGAAGGACGCGGCGGUGGCGGAGAUGGCGCUCAAGGAUAAAGAGGUGGUGGGGGCGCCGAACGGGUACGGCGGCUACGGGGCGGCGAGGGCGGCGCCCGCCCUGGCUCCGGCGGCGGCGGCGGCGGCGCCGGCGCCCCCGAGCGGGGGGAAGAAGCUGGUGUUCUUGGGGCCGGGGCCGAGGGUUUACGACCUGGAGGAUCUCCUCCGGGCCUCGGCCGAGGUGUUGGGGAAGGGGACGUUCGGGACGACGUACAAGGCGGUGCUCGAGAUGGGCCCCGUGGUGGCGGUGAAGCGGCUCAAGGACUCCAACCUCCCGGAGAGGGAGUUCAGGGACAAGAUCGGCGCCGUCGCCUCGUUGGAUCACCCCAAUUUGGUUCCCCUCCAAGCAUUCUACUUCAGCAAGGAUGAGAAGCUUCUCGUCUAUGAGUACGUGAGCAUGGGAAGCCUCUCCUCCUCACUCCACGGGAAUAGAGGAUCUGGCCGCACCCCGUUGGAUUGGGUUGCGAGAUCAGGUAUCGCCCUUGCCGCGGCCAAGGCAAUCCAAUACAUCCACUCGACCAGCCCGAAAGCCUCGCACGGCAACAUAAAGUCCUCCAACGUCCUCCUCUCCGGACCGUCGGAAGCCCGCGUCUCCGAUCAUGGCCUGGCUCACCUGGUUGGCCUGGCUGCCGCCCCGACCCGGGCCUCCGGUUACCGGGCCCCUGAAGUCACCGACCUUCGCAAGAUCUCUCAAAAGGCCGACGUGUACAGCUUCGGUGUGCUCCUAAUGGAGCUUCUCACCGGCAAAGCGCCGGCCCAUGCGGUCCUCAAUGACGAGGGCGUUGAUCUGCCACGGUGGGUCCAAUCGGUGGUCCGCGAGGAGUGGACAGCUGAGGUGUUUGAUGUGGAGCUGCUGAGGGAUCAGCAUGUGGAGCAGGAAAUGAUGGAGCUAUUGCAGCUCGCGUUGGACUGCGCAGAGCAGUAUCCAGACAAGCGCCCGACGAUGUCCGAGGUGGUGGUCCGGAUUGAGGAAAUUAGGGCAUCGAGCUUGGGCUCUGGCGAGAGACGCCGGCAGCAAAAUGGCCACGAAACCAUCGAAUCCGCGGACCGAUCAUCGUCAAUGAUUUCCGAACUUCAGGCUGUUGGAUUUUGACUGACCAAACGUUUGCCAUGUAUCCACCUAACCACAUUAUCGGUCUUGAUGCUACGAUGGUGUGUGUGCAUUCAAUCAAUCUGUUGUUUGUUUUGCUUACUUUUUAACUUUCAUCUUAGGUUAUUCUUUCUAGGUGGUUAAAAGAGGGUGAAAGUGAUAAUGUGGUGGGCAAGGUUUGAUGUAAUUACUUCGUUACUGCUGUUUUCUGCAUGUCGCGUUGUUGUUAAUAUUCGUAAUGUUGUUUAGAUUUGUACAAUGCCGCAUUAAGACUUUUUUCAGUUUGGUGAGCUGUUGUUAUUCUUGCAA